CGAAAGAACACUACUAGCUAGGCGAUAUGCACGUUCUUGGUGGUUUUCUACUGUUAACGGUUACCCUCACAGAGGUUGGCUUCGCUUAUCUCCAGUCUACAUGUGGCGAGGGAAUAUCCAUACAUGACAAUGAAGAAUAUGGCUUUGCUUUGAACGGCUACACGUACCGAKCGCUUACCACUGCAAGCUAUGCAAAAUGCUGGCUUCAAUGUGAAGAUGACAGCAAUUGUAUGAGUCUAAAUUACGAYAUGACAACACAGCAAUGUCACUUGAAUAGUCAAAAUAAGAUCUCUCAACCGACAAAGUACGUWAUGAAACACAACAGCUACUACAAAACAAUUGCAAACAGAAAGCCACAAGAAAAGCCGUUUCGUAUUUUCCCAAUAUGUCCCACUCUUAAGCCGUGUGGCAAUAAYGCAAGAUGYAUCGAUGGCAAAGGGAACUACACUUGUCAAUGCCCAGAUAGAAUCGUUGGAUACACCUGUGAGAUAGCUCUCGACAACUGUUACAGUCAACCUUGUCAACAUGGAGGCCACUGUGUUAACCUCGUAAAUGACUUCUAUUGCACAUGUCCAGUUGGCUAUGGAGGCAAAACCUGUUGUAAGAGACCAUUUUCAUUUUAUCAACGGUUGUGGUCGAUCCUACGACAAUUUGACAGGAGUUGCCAAGUGUCGAGAUGA